AUGACGAAUCUGAUUUUGAAGACCCAAAUCCAGUUCUCAGCCAAAAUAAAAGGAAAUCACCUCCACGGUCUGACCAAUGUACAAAAGGAAUAUCUAUCAUCAAUUGGAUUUGGUCCCCUUUUAAAUAUAAAAGUAGAUGGGUCGGCAUCACGAAUUGGGUAUUAUGCAGUCAACAACUUUGACCCUGAACGAAUGGUUUUGACUAUCGAGCGGGGUGAGAUACCAAUCACUAGGCAAUUGAUACAUGACAUGUUGGGUCUCCCUUUGGGAAAUGUCAAUAUCAAUUCAUUAAACUUCACACCCGCUCAAGAAAAACCUGUUGAUUUGUGGUUUGCACAGUUCAAUUCAGAAAAUGAUAUUAGGCCCAAAGGCGUACAAAGGGCGAUUAAGAUAUUAAAAGAUGUUGGGUUAUUGUUUAAAGUCAAUUUUUUGGUGCUCAUUCGUAACACUCUUGGACAAUCCAAGAGCAUGGGCACAUGUGAUGUAUCAAUGCUUGCAAAGGUCUUAGAGGAUUUAGAUUUAAGCGACAUAGAUUGGUGUUCAUAUGUGCUAGAGUGUUUGAAAAAUACAAAACAUGCAUGGAAUCCUAUGAACGAUACAUCUUACUAUGUUGGUCCUAUUAUCCUCUUGACGUUGGUAUACCUUGAACAUGUUUCAUGUGAUGCUGUUACGAUUGACCGUGGAAGACCUGCUAUAUGUUUCUGGGAUGUAGAAACCAUACGUUUACAUGAGGAAUAUGAAAUCAGAAAUGGUGGACUUGGUACUGGUGAUCUUCAGGAACCUUACAUACCACAGGAUGACAAUGCGGAAAAUGUCAAUUCGGCGAAUGGAUCUGUAACAUCCCAAAAUCUGAGGCCAAAAAUUUCACUUUUGAUUAGGUGA